AUGCCACCAAGCGUAGAUCCUGCGAUCAUCGAAGCUCUCCAGCUCGACCCCGAGCAGACCAAGAUCGCCUCUCACGGCGCAUCCGGCUUCGCAUCAUCUUUCAAGCUUACAUCGGUCGUUGAUGGCCAGCCCACCAACUUCUUUGUUAAGACUGGUUCCGGGAAGGAUUCCGAAGUCAUGUUUAGAGGUGAACAUGAAUCGCUAAAUGCAAUUCACAAUGCCGUCCCUAACUUCUGCCCCAAAUCUUAUGCCCAUGGACAAUACCAGUCCACACCCGGCAAAUAUUUCAUGGUUACAGACUUCCUCGACCUGGGUUCGUCGGCCUCAGGCGGCUCUGGGCUUUCUCUAGCGGCAAAGCUAGCUAGGCUGCACACAACUCCGGCCCCUAUACCGGAGGGCUUUGACAAACCAAUGUAUGGGUUUCCUGUGACUACAUGCUGCGGGUCGACGCCGCAGGACAACUCCUGGAAGGAGUCAUGGGCCGAGUUCUAUGCUGAGAACCGACUGCGAAACAUCUUGCGAGCAGGCAACAAGAACAACGGCUCCGACGGUGAGCUCUCAAAAGCCGUGGAGACAGUCGCUAGUAGAGUUGUUCCACGGUUGAUAGGUGAUGGCCAUGUGCAGGGUAUGAAGCCAGUGGUGAUCCACGGCGAUCUCUGGAGCGGGAACCACAGCAGGGGGCAGAUUGCCGGCAAGGGCGGCGCGGAGGAGGUUGUUUACGAUUCAUCGGCCGUGUACGGUCACUCCGAGUACGAGCUGGGCAUCAUGAAGAUGUUUGGUGGAUUCGGUAGCAGUUUCUGGAACGAGUACAACAAGCUGGUCCCCAAGGCGGAGCCAAAGGAAGAAUGGGAAGAUAGAGUUGCGCUAUAUGAGCUGUAUCACCACCUCAACCACUAUGCGAUAUUUGGUGGAGGAUACCGGAGCGGAGCGAUGGGUAUUAUGAAGAAGCUGAUUUCGAAAUACGGCUGA